AUUUCGCAAUGCACAAAAUUGAUCGAUGCGCUCGAAACUUCAAGGUUCUGAGAUCUCGAACGCUAACACUGGCAGCGCGAGGAGCUGCAUCGUUCGAAUUGAAGUGAAAAGAAAGCAAUAGAACGAGAACCAGUAUAGUGAGCAGGGAAUCAUUCGAGCGCAAUGCAACCCACAAACACAGUGGCGGUUAGGUAGCAAAGUUUCCACCGGAAAAUCGAACGCGUUAUCCCGUCUAUGUGCGUAGAUUAAACGAAUUAUUGUGUCUAGAAUAGAACUCGAACAUUAUGUUUGAACUAUAGAAAAAUAUUAUAAUGUGCUAUGUAAAAAAAUUAAAUAAACCUCGGGCGAAAAUUGAUUCAACGCGUGUAAUCAGAUUUUCGCGCGUUGCACGUUGUGAUCUUCUGACCAACCAGCUAACUCUGCCUGUAAACGAGUUAUUAAAUAAACGUGUUUCAUAUGAUCGCAAUUAAACUUCACGUCUAUCUAAUUUUUAAAUAAGAAUUCCAAUCUCAGGCACGAAUAGAGGACGUUGUAAGACACAUUGUUCUAUAUAAGCCUGUGUUAUUCUCUAGAUACUUAAACAAUAUUUACAUUACAUACGGGUGUAUUACGUUAUAAUAACGAACGUCGACAGACCGAAACAGCCACGUUCGCAGUUUAAUAAGAUUCGUCAGCCUGCGCUCAUGUUUCCUCAAAUGCUGUAGCAGGGGACGAUAGUAUUAUGCAGACUCUAUCUUCGUAGAAUCAAAUUUAUGCUAACGAUUCAAAGUGCCUGGAUCGAACGAGUGGACAAAGGAAAAGCAGAAAGACGAAGAACGAGAAGUAGAAAAGUCGAUCGGAAGAGACGUCGUGGAGAUCCUCGCACGAUAGUCCGGCGUUCUUGCUCGUUAAAUCAAAGUUCUCGUUACUCGUUACCGGCGCGAAGCAAGUAAGUUUGACGAACAACGUGUAAUGAACUCGUGAAUGAAACAAUGUGGAGGACGAGAAACACAAAGAAACUGUUCGUUCGUUCGUGCUCGGCCAAUUCGAGACGCGUCGAGACACAGGAUGUGAAACCUUUCGACAACAUUCCGGGACCGAAAUCUUGGCCAAUUGUGGGCACACUAUAUAAAUACCUUCCUUUUAUCGGCGAAUACAAUUUCACCAGACUGCAUACAACCGGUUUAUUAAAACUGAAGCGUUACGGGCCGUUGGUGCGGGAGGAAUUAGUACCUGGUGUGACGACAGUGUGGGUGUUCCGACCGGAAGACAUCGCAAGUGUUCUGCAAGCCGAAGCGGGGCUUUACCCUGAGAGAAGAUCGCACUUAGCUCUUCUCAAAUAUCGGAAAGACCGAAGUGACAUUUACAACACCGGUGGGCUCUUACCCACAAAUGGCACUGACUGGUGGAGGCUGCGCAAGGAAUUUCAAAAAGUCCUCAGCAAACCGCGUAAUGUGCUCGAAUACUUGGAGGACACCGACGUCGUGGUCCAAGAGUUCGUACAGCUUUGUCAGCAGGAACAGGCCGACGAUUUUCUGCCAUUAUUCUCGCGUCUCUUUCUCGAAUUAACAUGUCUCGUCGCUUUCGACGAGAGAAUGCACAGUUUCUCUGAAGAGGAGAGGCACCCAAAUUCAAGAAGUUCGAGGCUUAUUAACGCGGCUUUUGAAACUAACAGCGUCACAGUAAAAUUAGACAAUGGUCCGAGACUUUGGCGAUAUUUCGAAACGCGAUUAUACAGGAAACUUCGCAAAGCGCAGAGUUAUAUGGAAGAAGUAGUGCUGCAAAUGGUGUCCCAGAGAAAUCAGAGUACAUCGAUACGUCGCAAGAAAUCUCUCCUCGAGGAGUACUUGAAAAACGAGGCGUUAGAUAUCAAAGACAUCAUUGGCAUGUCGUGCGAUAUGUUGCUCGCCGGUGUGGAUACCACGACGUAUAGCACAUCGUCAGCCUUAUAUCACCUUGCAUGUAAUCCCGAUCAGCAGGAUAAACUGAGGUGUGAGGCUACCGAUUUAUUGGUUGAUCCUGAUUCCCCAAUAACGGCAGAUGUCUUGAACAACGCCGUGUACACGAAAGCUGUAAUAAAGGAAACGUUCCGCAUGAAUCCCAUUUCCGUCGGGAUUGGUCGUAUCCUGCAGACCGACGUGGUUCUCAGCGGAUAUCACGUACCUCGAGGCACUGUGGUCGUAACGCAAAAUCAGGUGACAUGCCGACUGCCCGAAUAUUUCAACGAGCCGAACUCCUUUAUGCCGGAACGGUGGCUACGAUCGAAAGACAGAACAAUAAAGGAAAAUAUAAACCCGUAUCUGGUAUUGCCGUUCGGACAUGGGCCGCGAUCGUGCAUCGCGAGACGAUUCGCAGAGCAAAAUAUACAAGUUUUACUACUUCGAAUGUGCAGAAAUUUGCGUUUCACCUGGUGCGGCGGUAUUCUUGAUGUGCAGUCUUUACUGAUCAACAAACCCGAUGCACCUAUUAAACUGAAAUUUAAGAGCGUAAGCGCGUAGAAAAAAUCAAAUCGCUAAUUUGAUCGACUUUAAUGUGAAAAGCUUGUAUAUCAAGGUGAAUUUGAACUUUUCAAGUAAAAACAUAUAUUUUUUCUAAAUACUAGGUUGUGUAUAUAUAUAAUGUUCUUUAAAUAUUAUAUUGUUGCAAAUAAAAUACGAAUUUAGUAGCUUGUAACAAUGUAACCUUUGUUUUUAAAACGUAUUGUUUUAAUUUCUGUGCUUGUAAGACAACUACAAUUUAAAAUACUAAUAACGGUCAGGUCAGUGUGGUUAUAAAUAAUUCGUUUCAAAUUUUUACAAAUUAUCUCAUAUGAUCAUUAUUAUUGAUUCACCUUGUAUACAGCUUCUGUCUUAUUAUAAUUUAAUCGCAAUUUGCUACCGGAUAAACAGAAAACAACAUUUAUUAUUUUACUGCUUGAAGACACUGACUUGCUUUCUGAUUUAUCUUCCAAUUGAUAGAAAUAAUAACACCUAAGUCUUAUCUAAUGAUAACUUAGCGAAGAAAAUCGAAAUGAUCGCGCAAUGCGCUCUAAUUGUAAGUCAUGUACUUGGGUGUUGCGGAGAAUUUAGCGUACGACUUGAUGACCUUGUUGACCGCCUCGAGGAAAUCCUUCUCCGUGGCGACUUUGCGGCGCGCGCGAAUCGCGAACAUACCAGCCUCGGUACAGACAGAACGUAUUUCGGCGCCAGUACUAUUCGGACAAAGGCGUGCAAGCAAUUCAAAUCUGAUGUCCCUCUCGACGCUCAUCGAGCGCGCGUGGAUCUUGAAGAUAUGUGUGCGUCCCUCAAGAUCCGGCAGGCCGAAUUCGAUUUUCCUAUCGAGACGGCCCGGCCGCAUCAGCGCAGGAUCCAAGGUGUCCGGUCUGUUUGUCGCCAUCAGGACCUUUAUGUUGCCGCGUGGAUCAAAUCUGAAACGUGAAGACAAAAUAAAAUAACGAUGGAGGUAUUACGAAUUGCGAAAUAGGUCGACUCAGUGGCAGCUGAAAAUAAAUAAGAAAUAAAUGAAAUAAUCGCUCUCACCCA